AUGUCAGGUAACGUUACAGCUGGCAUCUACCUUGGCACGCCGCCUGCGGAUCCUAACGCCGAGAUUCGCAAGAUCUUUACAGAACGAGAGAACCAGCAAGACGGCCUUGGCACGAUUUUGUCGUACUGUCAAAAGGAGGCUGGGUUUACUAUCGGAAGCACAGACACAGAGGGCUUUAGGCAACAACUCCGAACGUUCGGUCCCGUCCUAUGGCUUCAAGACUCGUCCAUUAUGAUGCCGAUGCAGGACAACAAGGACGCCGUGAUUGCAGCCAUUCUGACUUUUGCGGACCGAGUGCCAGACAAGUCCCAGUGCCGGAAGUUUGCUUCGGAAAUCGUAGACAACAUGACCAAGAGCUUUGUUCAGUUUUGCGUCCAGCAAGAUGGAGACUACUUGGCUUUGUUCCUUACCAAGGUCACCGUCCAAGGCAACUCACAGAACAUGAUUGGCGUUUGCGCCUACGAUAUUUGGGCUGUCAACCGUGGGGAGAUGGCUAGUCGCGCGGAUGAGCUGGUCGAUAAGCUCAAACUCAAGGAUGGCCUUGGGGAGUGGGUGAAGAAAGUUAGUAGUCCUGGAUAUGCCGAAUAG